CUACCCACCCUCGGGGGGAGCCAACCCAAUUUUUUGUUCCAUAUCCGACGACGUCUCACAAACAGCGUCCCAAGCCAGCGGUCUGGGCCGCCGCACGCCGCCUUUCCCACCUUGUGGUGGUCCUCUUCUCCAUGCGAGUGGGGACCACCACAUGCAUGGAGAUGAGGACCACCACAUGCCGAGUAGAUAUCGUAGUGGGAACUGAGACUCGAGGGUUGAAGAACUCAUGGAUUGUUUUGGUCUUCACAGGGAACUGAGGAUGGCGUUCGACCUGGUGGGCUCUUUGUGACGGAUGAUUUGAGAGAGAGUGAAUCUACCAUCAAUGCAGGUCACGAAUUCAAAUACUGACUUGUACAGCAGGGAACUGAGACUGGAGGAUGGCGUUCGAGCUGGAGCGGCCACCAUUUUUGGGUAAGAUAUUUGUCGAACAAAAAGUGCUAUGGAUAGAAGAGAACCGUCGUCGCCUGUGCACAUGUCAAGAUUGCGGGCUGAAUGUAUGGAUGGGUAUAAAACUAAGGAGGAGGUUGCCGAUGAGUUUGACAACAACUUUGAUGCCAACGAGCCCAAUGGGGAGGAUGGUGGUGGUGCUGAAGUGGAUGAGGGAGGUGAAGAGCAAGCUGAAAGUCAAUAUCCUCCCCAAACCGACAAGAGGGAAGAAGAAAAAAGAUGUGCUCUUGAAAAGGAAAGGAGUAGCAAAGUUAGAAAGUGGGCAAGAGUUGGAACGUGUGUAGGGAUGUGUAGCAGGGGAAGCUCUCACAACAUAUGUGAAUGCUGUAACAUGCAAGAGCAUUGGAAAAUAAUGCAUCAGGGGAGAUGAUGGGUGAAAAAGAGCCGGUGGAUUGUCAGCUGGUGCUGAAGGGGAAAAGUGAUGCGAAGGAUGAUACACCUGAGACAAUAAAUGGGGUGGUAGGAGUGGGUGUCGGUGAGGAGAAGGUAAUUUGGAAGUCCACAUGGACCGGAGUGGUAGUUAAAGCGGCAGAGAGGGAAUGUGAGUGUGCUCAAGCUUAAGGUUACAUCGCUUGAAUGGAACCACGAGGAAGCUGCCGCCAAAGGCAUAAAAUUGAUGCAGGAGGAGAUGCUUCAUGAGCAGGGCAACACAAAGAUAAUGAUCUGACAGUCAGAGGAGAUCAUGCUUGCUCUCGAUGAGGUCAAGAAGAAGGCGAUCAUCCAGGAAGAGACAUAGACUGGUCCUUUGAUCAUUUUCUAUUCUCAUAGAGGAAUACAUGUCGUGAAGUUUAUCAAGGUGCGGUCUGGUUGAAAUCUUGUUGGGGGCACCAUUGUAUCCCCAAUGCUCGGUUUGCAUAGUAACGGGGGCAACAACAACACUUUUAUAUUUUCUUACAAAGGGUUUAUAAUACUUAGUCAUCCCGAAGAAUGAUCCGACCUUACAAAGGGUUUAUAAUACUUAGUCAUCCCGAAGAAUGAUCCGACCUUAGGCACAGAUCCUUUGGCCUUACACUCUCCUCGGGUAUCUCAAGUACAAGAGGAGCAUGAGAGCACUUGAAUAUUGUCUUAGGUCUCCUUCGCAAGCACUGGUACAAGAUCAAUUUGGGAAAGUAAGUUUGGGCAUACUAGGAUCUUAUACUUGGGUUGUGAGAUAUUUGAGGAAGGUGUGAAGCCAAAGGAUGCAAAGGUGGCCACCAUCAGGGACUGAUCAUGCAGUCAGAUCAUUCUUGGGGAUGACUGGGUACUGUAGACCAUUUAUAGAGAAUUAUAGUAGUAUUGUUGGCCCUUGCCUUCUGCAGUGAAACCUGUGACUCAGUGAGAGACCGCUCUAUGAUUUGAGAGGGUGUUGGCGUUUUCAAUCAAGCCAACCAAUGGUUUGAGGACUGUUAGCAACGUCUUCAGGAAUUCUUUAACGCCGCAAACAGGACGGCAUGGCUUGAUCACAACGCCAACUCCAUUGCAAAACGUAGCUUAGUUUCUUGCUCAGUCGCACGGUUUGUUGCCCGCUUGCCAGUACUUGUCAUUGGGCUAGCCGGGUUGUUUAACGAGCGCCCGUCGCUCUAUGCCCGUGCAACUACUGUGGGUGGUCGCCUGCCAGCUGCCAGACCUUAUCUUAUGCAACCUGCUUACUACUUAGACCCUUAACACUUCACUAGGACUAGUUCACUCCUUGUAGGCUGCCUUGAAAACUCUCAGCUCGAAUUAUCAACAUGACAUACGUAGGGUUUACAUUGCAUUUCCAGGCUUCCUGGCGGUGCAUGAAACCCAAUGCACUCCACAAGAACCGCGGGGAACCUUCCUUGAACAAGUUAUUACUACGUUGCAUGUACCAACUUUCCUUCUCCUCGACGUGAUUGACAACAACAAGAAUUCAAGACUAACAAAAUUGACCAGCAGCU